AUGACAGGAAUCGUUACUCUUCCACAGGAGAUCAUCUCCACGAUCACAGACUACCUCGACAGGAGAGAUCGCCUCCGACUGGCAACCACCUGCCAUAGCCUAUACAAGGCACUCCUCAGCCAACUGUGGAAGGAAGUCUACAUUCAGUCUGCCUUUCCUCACUUCCAAGACCCUCGCAUUGGCGAGAGAGUGGACAUUCCCCCCGACAGACCCAUCAUCACAAGCUCCAGACUGGAAUUACACGCACCUCUUGUUCAACACCUCAGCCUCCACGGUCCCUUCCCCCAAGAGUACCACACUAUCGUGUUCCCCUACCUUCAUAUACUUGGACUGUACCUCGACACCAGCUAUCAUGCCCCCUUCGACGACACCCAGACGACGUUUAGCUACGCGCUUGACGCAUCAAUGCGGGCAGAGCAGUAUCGCCAUAGAGCAGCACUUAUUCGACAGAACCCGACUAUCAAGGACCUCCGAAUCCAGGUACGUGAGCCUCAACCCACGGCUGACUUUUGGGACACUAUUUCGACGACACUCGUCAACCCAACCCGGCUUGUCGUCAUGGGUUUGAGGCGAACCGAGGGUGAAACCCUCGACGCAUUCUGGAGAGCAUGCAGCUUGUUCGAGGAGAUCCACUGCAGUGCCGAUAGCAUGGACUCCACACGCAUCUUGUCGCAACUCUCGUUCCCUCGACUUUUACGGGUAUCGCUCCGGUCUAGUGUCAAGUUCCAGAUGGGCUUUUGCACUCGAUCGCAACUUGUUUGGUUACGGCGGUGUCCUGGACUGACGCGACUGCAUUGGAAGUUUGAUUCGUUCGGAUUCCCGUCGAGCAUGUUUGCAGAGGCUUUGGAGCAAGGAACGUGGCCAAGUUUGGACGAUUUGUCGCUGGAGAAGCUGGGUGACGGGGACGAUGAUCUUGCGGCGAUGUCGGCUCAUUUACCACCUCUGCGCUCCUUUCGACUACGAUCAAAAAGAUUUGGGCCUUUAACCUUCAACACCCUUCGUGCGCGACUGUUCAACACCAUCAGGGUUCUGGAUUUGACUGGGAACGACCAUUUCACAAGUCGGAUGGCACUGGAUGUCCUGCGGGAGUGCGUUCAUUUGGAACGCUUUCACGGAGUGACCAUCAUUGCCCAGGAGAUCGACAACGAGCAGCGACCCUGGGUUUGCUUGGGAUUGAAACGACUCGCGACGAUAAUUGUCUCUGGCACGGAUGCAUCGAGCAGGGCGGUGUUUGGGGCACUCUCGAGAUUGACCGAACUGGAGAGUCUGGAUCUUGAUAUGGGACUGGAAGACUGGAAAACCGCGCACGUUGUACCAAGUGGUAUGUACCGAUUGCCCUGGAAUCUGGAGCAUGGACUGGGUCAAUUGUCGACGUUGACGAAACUCAGGACUGUCACGUUUGGGAGCACCGUGCAGGCGAUAUUGACAGACAAGGAUGUGGAGUGGACUGCCGAGAACUUGCCAGCAUUGGAGGAGGUGAAGGGAAGACUUUGUUUAGAUGCUGAGCGACAUGAGAAGUUGGCUAGAGUUCUUGGACGACGAGGCGUUCUGCAUGUUGACCAUUGA